CUUUGUUGCCCGUACAGUAGGCACUGACCUCUUGCAUUCGUUAAAUGUGAUUUGUUUUUGAAGUGAUUCUUACUUUUGGUUUAUCUAACCUGUGCUAUCUUCUGUGUAUUUGUUCAUUUCUAAGUACCACGUUCAUAGCGAUUUUUCUGUCGUUAACAGAGAUAUAAUCUCCAAAACGAACGGGCGUUGUUUAUUUGCUGCACGAUUUCAUUUUCCACAAUAUGCUCAGAUCUUUUUACCACAAGAUUCUCUUUUUUCAGAUAAUGGGGAAGAAAUCCAAAAAGUCUAAAAAUCAAAAGAAGCACGCUCCUUCCUCUGUUAAGCCUAUUGGAACUAAUAAGAGGCGCAAGCAAAAGUCAUCUAAGCGCUUCCGAAAUCAGCUGAGAAAUACCGAUCCUUUGUCCGAAAAGGUAAUCAACACAACGACGGGCAAUUCAAUUAAAAAGAAACCUCUUAAAAGCCGUCGCCACGAAACUAACCCGGCCAAAUUAUCUGCUCCCUGCAAGUUGUUUGGCGCUGCAUCUAGUGACAGCGAACCGGAACCAAUCAGUGCGAAUUGGCAUGUUGGUGGGGAUGAUGCGGGUACACCGACAGGUCCCUCUGAAUGGAGUCAUACAACUGCAUCGAAGAAAACACCCCAAUCAGAUGGAGAGCAUGCAUCCAGUGAUCUAGAAAACUCAGAGACUGACGCUGACGAAGAACUCGAUGAGACUGAGUUGGAGGUGUUAGUUCGGGGUGAUUUGGAGGCGGGCCAAAAGUCCAAGUGCAUCUCACGUGAUCCGAAGAAAAAUGUUGAACCAACGAAUGCGCCGAAGUCUGGCGUUCGCAAUGUGCCGUCCGAGCUUUCUAAUUCGAAAAACUCUUCUCAAGAAAAAUUACCGGAAUCGAAGCCUAGCUCAGCCAGUUGGCGUAACCCAAUGAGCAUUCUCUGCGAGAUCGAACGUCGAUCAGUCGACCUCUCAUCGCGAACAUUGUACAUAGCGCCUGUCCCGCGUGACUGCACGCAUGACAGCCUGAAGCAGUUAUCAUCGACGCUUUCCUCCUCCCGGCUAUCGUACAACUUUCGCACCAAAUGCUGUCGUAAGUACGCUUUUCUUGAAUAUCCCGACGCCGAAUCCGCAUUGGCUGCACGAAAGGCCAUACUCGGUCGCUUGUUCGGUAAUCAGUCGCUAAAUGUUCAGGUUGUCCCGCCGCAGUUUAUUGUGCGACAAGGCAGUGAGCGAGUAGUGGAUCGGACGCAGCUGUUCGUCACUGGUUUGCUACCCUCUGUCACCAAAGCAGAGUUGAAGCAGUUAUUUCCGAAAGCCAGCGCCAUCGACUAUCCCUUCCAUCCUGGUGGAUAUCCUCUCGGCUACGCCACGGUGAAGUUUGUCAAUGAAGAUGUCGCUCUUGAGGCGUUCACAGAUGCCCAUUGUCGGAAGAUGAAAGGCCAUCCUGUGUUCGUCAACUACGUUAUUCACUCGAAUAAAAAUGAGAAACGCACAAGUGAUGUCCCCAAGAGCAAACGACCCAAGGAAUCCGACAUGAUUCGAAGAGAAACUCCGGCGAGACUGCCGAACCGCGAGAGUUAUAUCCCGAAUGAAAGUGGUAACGGUGCGCCUAAAGUAAAAACCGAACCUGCAAUGACGAGGCCAAAAGUGAUCGUCCAGACUAUCUUUGACGCUGAUGAGGAUAUCGCCAAUACCCAACGCUCUGAUGUGCAAAACGAUGAUGAUGAAUUUCUGAUCAAGCCUUCCGGAUCGCCCACAGACCGAAAACCUAACAUACUUUCUCGGCUAGUUCAUGCUCAAAAUCACACUAUGUCCGACUCAGCUGAAGCCUCUAGUGAUGAAAAUGAUGAUCAGAGUAAUUUGUCAAGAUCUUCUGAUCACGAGUCGGGAUCGGAGUACUCUAGCGCCGAAGAGGGCUCCGAACCCGACGAAAGUGAUAAAAGUCCCACUGAUGUGGAGAAACAGAGCGGAGCGGAAGACGAAGAAAAGUCAGACUCACCAUCUUCAAAUGGUUCUUCCGGGGAGGAUAUUGAUCGGGAGUUGAAAGCUGUGAUGAAAGCACGACGCGGCGCGAUGCGUUCACUGAAAACUGCCGGAUCAGCGAAAAGUCAAAUGACCGGUGGGCGCAAGAUGAAGCCCGACCAAGUCAAACGUGUAGGCAAACCGCUCAUGCUCCCCGUACCAUCGAAACGCCACAAAGUUUAG